GUACCCCCGGUGGCUCUGUGCGGGUGGGUCUUUCCGACAUGGCGGCGGCAGCGGCAGCAUGCUGAGGGACUAACCUCCGUGGAUUUAAAAAUAGAGGAAAAAACACCGACAGUUGUUUGUUUUAAGUCGCUGUGAGUGUUAGCAGCAGCCUUUACCGGGGAGUUUGGAGAGGUCUGAUACUGAGCCGUCGAAGAGAGCCGACAGACAUCCCGUGUAACCAUGCCUCACAGGAAGAAGAAGUCGUUCAUCGAGAAGAAGAAGGCCGUGACCUUCCACCUGGUCCACAGGAGCCAGAGAGACCCGCUGGCCGCAGACGAGACGGCCCCGCAGCACGUCCUGCUGCCCGCCACCAAGGCGGAAGCAGAGAAGAGGCGCGAGGAGCAGAGGAACUUCGGUGUUUUCUUCGACGACGACUACGACUACCUGCAGCACCUGAAGGAGGCGUCCAGGCCUGGCGAGCUGGUAGCGGCCGAGCCCUCGCACACCGCCCGCCGACCCUUUGAGCUCCGGGAUGAAGAGGAAGAGGAGGAGGAAGAAGAUGGCGACAUGGACCAGGAAGCACCUGCGGCCGCCAUCAACCUGCCCUCCUCUGUGUUCGCGUCAGAGUUCGAGGAGGAGGUCGGACUUCUGAACAAAGCCGCUCCCAUCUCAGGGCCGAGGCUGGACAUGGACCCCGACAUCGUCGCUGCCCUGGACGAAGACUUUGACUUCGACGACCCCGACAACAUCCUGGAAGACGACUUCAUGGUCAGGGCGAACUGUGUGGGCGGAGCUGCCGACAUGGAAGGUGAUGACGAUGAUGAUGAUGAGUGGGAGGACACGGAUGAAGAGGACAGCGAGGAGGGCGACUUUGACUCCGAGGGUGCUCUGUCGGAGGAGGAGGAGAACGGGCGGGGGCGGGACUUCCUGUUCCUGAACGAGGAGACGAAGAGUCACUUCACAGAGUAUUCGCUGACGUCGUCGGUCAUGAGGAGGAACGAGCAGCUCACCCUGCUGGACGACCGCUUCGAAAAGUUUUUCGAACAGUUUGACGACGACGAGAUCGGCGCGCUGGACAACGCCGAGCUGGAGGGCUUCAUCGAACCAGACAGCACUCGACUAGAGGAAGUCAUCCAGGAAUACUUCAAACAGAAAGAGAAAGAAUGCCAGCGGCCCGAUGAUUUGGGCCCCAAAGUACUUCCUGUGGUGAAGGAGGAAGAGGAAGAUGAGGAAGAGGAACAGGAGAUGGAGACUCUGGUCAUCGAGGCUCCAACAGAGAAGUGGGACUGUGAAACCAUCAUCAGUACAUAUUCAAACCUGUACAACCGGCCCAAAAUCAUUGAAGAUCCACCAAAGACAAAGACGAUCCGAGUGUCCAAGAAGACGGGCAUUCCCCUGGACGUCCUGCCCAGCAGAGGCCUGACCGCCAAGCAGGCCGAACGCAUGGAGAGGAUCGACGACUCGGACCUGCCCCGCGUCUCCACCCAGCCCCGGAACAAAGAGGAGAGCAAGGAGGAGAGGAAGGCCAGGAAACAGGCCGUCAAGGAGGAGCGCAAGGAGCGGAGAACAGAGAAGAAGGUGAACAAGACGGCGUUCAAGCAGGAGAAAAUGCGACAGGAGAAGCAGCUGCUGAACGUGAGGACGAACAUUCAGGGCCUGAAGCUUUCGUAGCCGACGGCGCUCUGUUCGCACAGACUUUCUCCUGCUGACGCUCUCAGUGGACAACCUGUUUUAAAAAAAAAAAAAAAACCUCUCUGCCUUGUUCAGUUCUUCUUUUGAAGAGCUCAAGACAAAAAACAAACUGCAAAGACUCAAACCCCGGACUAGAGGACUAAAGGGGUGUGUGAGACACACAGGUCAUCAUGUCUCACAAUAUCAGAGCAUCGUUUAUGUCACAAGAUCUUUAUUAAAUUACGGUUAAAUGCA